AUGAUUACUCAGGUCACACUGCUGCUGUGCGUGGUGGCUUUAAGCCUGGCCGAUUCUGUAUACCCAAAAGGGGACUAUGAAAAAGGCUACAACAAAGGCUGGAAUGGUUUCGGCAGGGGUAACUGGGGCAUGAUGAACGGAUAUGGUCCCGGAUGGGGAAACAGGAUGCACGGCUACCAUGGAAUGGGCCCACAUAUGGGAAUGUGGGGAAGGAAUGGUAUGGGAAAUGGAUAUAGGUGGGGAAAUCCGAUGAAUAGCUGGUAUGGAUGGGGAAAUAACAUGAUGGGAAACGGUUACGGAUGGGGAAAUAUGGGAAGCGGUUACGGAUGGGGAAAUAACAUGAUGGGAAACGGUUACGGAUGGGGAAAUAUGGGAAGCGGUUACGGAUGGGGAAAUAACAUGAUGGGAAACGGUUACGGAUGGGGAAAUAUGGGAAGCGGUUAUGGAUGGGGAAAUAUGGGAAACGGUUAUGGAUGGGGAAAUAUGGGAAACGGUUAUGGAUGGGGAAAUAAAAUGGGAUAUGGAAGAAUGCCAUAUGGAAUGAACAACAUGGGAAUGAUGGGAAACUGGUAUGGGCCUAGCAUGAGAAAUGGUUACGGAUGGAGUACUAGAAAUAUGGGAAUGGGAAAUGGCAUGGGAUAUGGAUGGGGAAAUAUGAUGAACAACAUGGGCGGAUACGGAUGGGGUAGAAGAAAUGGAAUGUGGGGUUCAAAUGGAUACGGAAAUGGAUACAAUAACGGAUACGGAUGGGGCAGAAGUGGCUUCAAAUCAUUCACAAGCAGCAAGGUAUUUAUAAUUCUCUUAUUUAUAUAA